UUACAGAAACUACUUGAAUUUAGCACUGCUUUUCUUCUUUUGUAUUAUUCUUCUGUUACGGAAUUUAAACGAUGCCUCCGAAAAAGGAAAACAGCGCUACCAAGGAUACAGCAAAGGAAGUUGUGAAAGCCUCAGAUGUUUACGAAUUACAUGCCAAGGUACUCUGUCAACACUUGGAUAAUCUUUAUUAUGAAGCAAAAAUUAUUAACGUGGAGCAUAGCAUCGAUGGAGAACCCAUUUAUACCGUUCACUAUCAGGGUUGGAAUCAACGACAUGACGAAAAAAUUAAGCAUAGCAGCACACGUAGUCGUUUUCUAGAAUAUACAACAGCUAAUGUGGAGCGUGCAAAGGCGGAAAUGAGAGAUGCUCAGGCUCGGUUAGCGCAAAACAAACGACGUAGUCGGAAAUCGAAUGUUCUGGAUGAGAAGCGGAGUGGUGGACCCGAUAGCCGAGGGAGUACACCAUCGGAUAAGCGUGGAACAUCGACAAGUCGAGCUGCUAGUAUUGUAUCGGACAAAGGGACUAUGCGAAAACGUAAACCGGGUACGCAGCUGGAGAGCGAACCAGUUUCAGAUUUUGUCAGGAAAAAUGAAAUCAAAAUUGAUAUACCAUCAGUGCUGAAGGACAUUCUGGUCGAUGAUCACGAUAUGGUUAAUCGUCAGAUGUAUCUCCCACGACUUCCAGCACGCCAUACAGUAGCCAGCAUUGUUCGUCAGUAUGCAGAUUAUAUGGGUACAUGUGUAGAAGCGAAAGAUACUUUAACGUUUGAAUUUGGAAGCGAUGAUACACAACUUAAUUCCAUGGUGGUUACCUUGGUUGAGAGCAGUUACGGUAUACAGGAUUACUUUAACAAUUCAUUGGGAUUACAGUUGUUGUACAAAUUUGAGCGACCUCAGUAUGCCGACCUCCUUUCUCAACAUAAGGUGAAACAGGGAGGAACAAAAGAUACGAAGAAAAAACGUAGUGAUGUGACCGAUGGUGAUGAUUCAAUUACGGACGAUUAUGACAAGUUUAAGCCUUCUGAAUACUAUGGUUUCAUUCAUCUCCUUCGUUUGUUUGUUCGUUUCGGUCAUAUGUUGGGAUUGACAAAUUGGAGUGAUCGAACGAUUGAAGCUAUUGUGAAUCAAGUGCACAAUUUUUUGAAAUUCCUCGAAGUUAAUCGUCAUAAGUUUUUUGAUAUUGAAACAGAUUACGAAGUGGCACCACCGGAAUAUCAGCGACGUGUUUGGAGCUCAUAGAAGUGUCCUACAUAGUAUUCUCUGUGUAUCCUUUCCAGUGUUCAUUCAGUUUAUUCAUCAUGUAACAGUAGAGUAUCGUUUUCAUAAGGAUUAAGAGAUUCAUUAAAUUUUUGCUAUUCGGAGUGUACAAUGAUUGAUUACUUAUUUAUCUACAAACAUUUCAUUAAAAUUUGCCAAACUCUUCCCUUUUUUCUUCUUUCCUUAAUGAUUUAUA